AAACACAGUUUGGGCGCCGUUGUAGUAACGAAUACCAUUUCAUUACUAAGUAACAUUUCGGGAUCGAUCAAACAAUUGAAUAAUGAUUGGAAAAUAAGGUAUAGACAUAUUAAGACUUCAAGCAUUGGUUUUGUUUGAAAACAUUUCUCACAAUUAAAAACGUCCACAAUGUCGCAAAUCGAUAAAAUUACACCGGAAGAGUUGCUGAGACUUCGCGCCGAUUGUUUGGAGCGUCUACACGAGUCAAAACUCUAUGAAUUGCGUAAUGAUGCUAAGUUACGUGCUGUGAGUACGACUCAAACCUAUGAUGAAUUCAAGGAUAUUGUGGAUGCGGCACAUUUGCAGCCGAUAAGCAGGCAGGAUAAAAGGAAUGCGAAGACGAAGAAUCGCCUGUGGAAUUCAGCAGCACGCGAAGAAUAAUUGGAAUGAAAACUAACAUACACCCAGGGUCGUGCACAUAUGUAUGUCUGUAUAUGUACUACGUUUGUAUGUUCUUGUGUAAAUAUUUCUUAUAAAUUUCUUAUGUAUUUAUUCUUAAUGCAAAAUUGCGGAAACUAUACGCCGUUGGGGGCAUCAGAAAUA